AUGGAGAGAGAGAUGAAUUCACGGGCAUCAUCAGGACCUUCGUAUGAGGUUUUUCUCAGUUUUCGAGGACCCGACACCCGUCAUGGAUUUACUGAUUGUCUUUACCACGGUAUGGUUGCAGCCGGGAUUCUCGUCUUUAGGGACGACGAAUCCCUCCGUGUCGGUGAAAGAAUUGGUGGUGAACUUCUAGCAGCAAUUGAGAAGUCCAAGAUCUACAUUCCCAUAUUCUCCACAAAUUACGCUUCGAGCCAUUGGUGCCUCGGAGAGCUCGCGUACGUGGUCGAGUGCGCCUCGAAAUCGAAUGGGAACAAAGAGAUUCUGCCGAUUUUCUUCGACGUCGAACCUGUUGAUGUCAAGCUCAAAACAAACUUAUAUAGACAGAAUCUUUCACAGAUCCAGAAGACGUUUCGCACUGAAGUAAAGUCAUGGGAAAAGUCUCUCAUCGAUGUGGGCAAGAUAAAGGGAUGGAACUUGAAGAAAGAUGAAGGCCAAGGUAAUCUGAUCCAAUCGGUAAUUCAAGCUGUCUUGGCUAAGCUGAAUGUCGAUUAUAAAAAUGUGACUGAACAUCUGGUUGGAGUUGAUGAUCGUGUAGAUGCUAUAAUCAAGAUGUUGGAUGUGAAGUCAGAUAGUGUGCAAUUCCUUGCAAUCCACGGAAUGGGCGGUGUUUGCAAAACAACCCUAGCCAAAGUCGUUUUCAACCGACUGUCUUCUCGGUUCCAAUGCUGCAAUUUCCUUUCGGAUGUUCGAGAGUCAUCGGAACGACAUGGCCUGGUAUAUUUGCAAAAACAAUUGUUAUCCAAGUUUCUUGAUUCUCGUUCCGUCAACCAAAUUCAUGACGCGGAUGGUGGGAUCAACAUGAUUAAGAGGGUACUUAGUAAUAAAAAAGUUCUGAUUGUUCUUGACAACAUUGAUGAAGAAAAGCAACUGAAAAGUCCGGCAGCAAAAGAAAAUUGGUUCGGUUCUCGUAGCGGGAUUAUCGUUACUACUAGACAGAAAAGUGUCCUAAAGAUUGAUGGAGAACCAACAGGUGAAGGCCCUUUAAAGUCCGUUGAUAUUUCAACGUAUGAAGUACAAGAAAUGGAAUUUCAUCAUGCACUUAAGCUUUUCAGUAGGCAUGCCUUCAGGAGAGACUCUCCACCUGAUGAUUAUGUCUCCCUUUCAGAAAAAGUUGUAUCCACUUUGGGAAAGCUUCCUUUAGCUCUUGAAGUGGCAGGUUCAUCCCUUUCAAGUAAAUCUAAAGAAUUUUGGGUAGACACUUUGAAGAAGCUAGGAAAAGCUCCUUCCAAAGAAGUGCAAAAAACAUUGAUGAUAACUUAUGAAAGGUUAGAUGAUGCACAAAGGCAAGUAUUUCUGGAUAUAGCUUGUUUUUUUGUUAAUGAGGAUAAAUCCUACCCUUUCUACAUGUGGGAUGAUUGUGAAUGCUUCCCAAACAAUGCCAUUGAAGUCCUCUGUCUCAUGUCCUUGAUAAAAAUCAAAGAUGACAAUACUUUUUGGAUGCAUGACCAAGUACGGGACCUUGGAAGGGCAAUUGUCCGUGAAGAAAAUUUCAAAGAUCCCCGUGAGCGUAGUAGAGUGUGGAAUCAUCGGGAAGCCCCGAGCAUUCUAAAGGAAAAAGAGGUGGCAAGUAAACUAAAAGUACUAGAUCUCAGCAAUUGCGAGAACAUAAUGAGAACACCUGAUUUAUCUACGUUGGUGUCCUUGGAGAGAUUGAUUCUUGAAGACUGUCGCAACCUAAUUGAAAGUGACGCAUCCAUUGGUAAAUUAAAGCUCCUAACGAUUUUGAACUUGAAGGGAUGUGAUUCUCUUCAAGAGUUGCCUGAAGAAAUAGGAUGUUUACAAGCGUUGACAGAGAUUGUCAUGCCUAAGACGCUAAAUGAACUUCCGAGGACGUUUGGUAAUUUGCAGUCAUUGUUGAUCCUUGAUGUAUCACAUAGUCGGAUUAACAAACUGCCUUACUCGAUUGGCGGGCUGGUGAAACUUAGGCAGUUGAAUUUAUCCGGGUGUACGAAGAUAGAGAAACUCCCGGACUCGUUUGAGAAGUUACAAUCCUUGGUAGAGUUGGAUUUGUCAUCGACAAGUUUGGGUCACUUGCCUAAUUCAAUCGGCAAUCUAAAGCAAUUGAAAAUACUUAGGAUGACCCGCAUAAGCCGGAUAACAAAAUUACCAAGUGCGAUUGGGCUGGUGGAGAAGCUUGAAGAGUUAGAUGCUAGUGGAUGUUACAACUUGACCGAAAUCUCUAAAGAAAUUGGGAGAUUGUCUUGUUUGAGGAUCCUAGACUUGUCAUACACACUUAUAUCUAGCUCGCCCAUCACAUUGAGCUGCCUCUCUAAUCUGCAAAUACUUAAGUUGGAAUCAUGUCUUGAGCUUAAACGGUUGUGGGGGCUUCCCUCGAGUUUGACUUGUCUAAAAUGUACUUCUGAUGAAGAUGUGCGAUAUGAGUGGGAAAAUAUCACUGCUGUGCCCACAUUGUUCCCCGUUCCCGGUAAUUUUUAUUCUCAGUUGGGUAGUCCCAGUCCCCCAUUAGAGCUGCCAAAAGAAGUAAAGUUGCACAGCACCAUUCAUAUUCUUUCCCUCCCGUCUAGUUUAAGAGAGUUAGAACUUGGAAAUCUGGAGAUUGAGUCGUCCAAUUUUUCCAAUUUGAAGAACUUGUCGACCUUGCGAUUAAAUAGCUGUUUGAUAUGGGAAUACACUAGGACGUUUGGUUACAAUUGGCAGAGGAACGUUACUGAUAUGACGAACGGCACAUCGUUUGAGUCGGGAAUGGAAUAUUGGAGACAUUCAAAUUUGCGUAGGCGUGAGUUCCUCGCAAAUGCACUUGAUCUGUCGCCCAUGAAGAAUCUCCAAGAGGUACAUUUGCUGGGGUUCAUGAAUGUAGUUGAGCUUUGCGGCCUUGCAGAAUUGGGAUCCCUUUGCUUCUUAUCGGUCGUGGAUUGCAAUUCCAUGGAAAGGAUGUCAGGCCUAUCGAAAUUGAGAAAGCUGAGGAAGCUCAGAGUAGGAGAAUGUCCAAAGCUAAGAAGGCUGGACGGUCUGAACCACUUGGAAUCUUUACAGAAGUUGUGGAUUCACGAUUGCAGAUCGUUGGAGAGUUUGGCCGACACCUCAGAUUUGCAUUUAGAAUGUUCCACAAUUGAACGUUGCGGGCUGUUGCCCAACCGUAAAAGUUAUUGUAGAUGUCAUCAUAACACAGAUUCGGUGGUUAAUGAACACGACCACGCUGGGUAUUUUUGA